AUGAGUGUUGCAGGGGUAACGUGGGCCGGUGCGGCUCCCCGAAUAAUCAGAAGUUCGAUACAAUGCCCUCGACACUGCAGUAACUUUACUCGCAAAGCUCAGACGCGACACUUAUCCAUUCCGAUAGCACCUCGAAGACCGUCGUCCAGGCGCCCUUCUCCUUGCGAACACAUCCGUUCGUUCUCCUCCACACCCAUUUUCCAUGCGACCAAGGAUCCCUACCAGACGCUCGGUGUCGGGCGUGAUGCCUCCGCAUCCGAGAUCAAGAAGGCCUACUACGCCCUGGCGAAGAAAUACCAUCCGGACACGAAUAAAGACCCGGGCGCCAAAGAGAAGUUCACCGACGCUCAAGCAGCGUAUGAGCUGUUGAACGAUCCGCAAAAGAAAGCUGCGUACGAUCAAUUUGGUGCCGCUGCAUUCGACCAGGGUGCUGGGUUUGACCCGGGCGCAGCAAGCGGUGGCGGACAUCCCUUUGGAUCCGCUGGCGGUGGAAAUCCAUUCGCAGGGUUUGGCGGCGGGUUUGGAGCAGAAUUUAAUUUCGAAGAUCUGUUUGGCGCAUUCACCGGGGGCCGUCGCGGACGAAGAGGCCCCUCUCCGUUCCAGGAGGAGAUUCUCGUGGGUGAUAACAUUGAAGUCCAAACGAACAUCUCUUUCAUGGAGGCGGCGAAGGGUGUGACUAAGAACAUCACUAUCACUCCGAUGGUCAAAUGCGGUACAUGCCACGGUGACGGUUUGAAACCGGGCGCUCAACGACAAACUUGCAAAUCGUGUAACGGUACUGGCACAAGGGUUCAUGUCAUGCAAGCUGGUUUUCAGGUCGCUUCCACCUGCACUACUUGUGGUGGUACCGGCGUGGCGAUUCCCAGAGGCUCUGAAUGCAACACCUGUUCAGGCUCUGGGGUUGUUCGACAGCGGAAGACAAUUUCCGUGGAUAUUCCUCCUGGUGUUGAGGACGGGAUGAAGUUGCGGGUUCCCGGUGCUGCCGACUACCCUCCGACGGGAGCGACAUCAAACCCGAAGAUCAGAUCUCAACCCGGCGACUUAUAUGUUUACAUUCGGGUGGCGCCGGAUGCUCGGUUCACUCGCAAUGGGGCCGAUAUCCUUUAUACGGCUUCGGUUCCGGUCACCACUGCGAUAUUAGGAGGAGAGGUCACCGUUCCCACACUUGAUGGAGAGGUGAAGGUCAAGGUGCCGCCGGGCACGUCGACCGGCGACCGGAUCACGCUAGGGGGAAUGGGUAUGAAGAGGCUCACUGGACGCGGCGCUUCUUCAGGCGACUUGCGCGUGGAGUUCAAAGUAUCCAUGCCCAGGUCACUGAGCACUAACCAGAGAACGCUCUUGGAGAUGCUGGCUGAUGAGAUGGGGGACAAGACGGCGAAGAGGAUCAUGAACCUGAAUCAGUUCAAACAGGACAACACGACGUCGAAGCCAUCGAAUAAAGCAGCAGACCACAAAAACGAAGGAUUCUUCAAAUCAGCGUGGCACAAGCUCACACAUCAACAUGACAACUUGGAGCCUGAAAAGGAUGGGAAAUCCCAGGACAAGGAAGAUGACGAGCCUAAAAAGGCUUCCGGAUCUGGAUAA